AUGGGCAGCUCGGUACGGACAUAUGGCUGUAAUACAGAGCUCUGUAGUACGGGCCAGGUUGAGGUUAACUUGAGAGAAACGAAAUACGGCCUAACACCAUUAUCAUGGGCUACCGAAAAUGGACACGAAAGCGUCGUCAAGAUGCUCCUCGACACAGGGAAGAUCGACGUCAACUCAUCAGACAAGCACAAUCGAUCGCCAGUCUCCUGGGCGGCAAGCAAUGGACAUGGGGCCGUGGUAAUCUUGCUCCUCGGCACAAGUAAGGUUAGCGUUGACUUGAUAGACACAGAGGGUCGCACAGCACUUUCCUGGGCGGCCAGGAAAGGCAAGGAAAACACAGUUUCAUUGCUGGUUCAGAAUAGCAAGAGGAUGAUUAACUACCGCGAUAAUCGUGGCUUCACGCCACUUAUGUGGGCACUGGCACGAUCCCACCACCCAGUGGUGGAGGUACUCAGCCGUAGUGGAAACCUUGCAGACGACUCUUACAAAGAACGGCUGGCUUUCCACGCGUUCAACUUCAUGUCAGCCGCUGAGUUGGAGAAAUUUAUGGCCGACAUCGGCUAUGCCGGUUUGGACGAUUUUUUAGGGCUUCAGGCACUUUUCUAUUUGUAA